CUCAGAUGAACAAGCCUCCCCCUUGGAUUUACUUAACCACACUCUGGAUUCCUUCCCCACUCCAGCAUGAGCUGUACUUACAUGUCAACAGUUGAUUAUCUUGCAGGGCUUAACAAUUUGAGUGAGCAUACCACACCCAGGGCUGCUUUUCCCUUCCAGCUGGCUGUAUUACAAGCAGUCGUUCAGAUCCUGCUUACACAGUGAUCAUGUGUAAUAUUGUGCCUGUUGCUGUGAUGCUCACUUCUCAGAUGUUCCUUGUAACCCGUCACAAAUUCUCAGGGUAGAAAAAGGACAAAUGCUGAUAGGCAGAUUAAGCAAAUAUGGUGAAGCAGCACGUGCCUGUCAGUGACAAACUGGGAGGGAAUCAAUGGUGGUGGUGUCAGGCAGCCGCUCUCUAUGCGGCUAAUGAUCAGGUGUAGAGUGGGCUGAGAAUACUUGCUAACAACAUCUGAAGCUCCUGUUCUAAAUCUAGUCUUUGUCGUGGAAUGAGGACGUGAUCUCUUCCCUGUGCAAAACCAGCAUUGACAGAGGGACAUCAGCAUCUGGAGAAGUUACCUUGGGCUUCAGUGUCCAGGAUUCCCUGCUAUGGGCAGCCGGGAAGCAAAGACCCAGGACACUUUGCAGGUCCAUGGAGGGGAAAAUGGCAGACCAGAAGUUCCCGCUGAAGAGUCGAGAAGGCUUACCAGAGAUCAGCUCUUCACAAUGGCAGCAACAGCUUGUUUGAACUUCAGUUCAAUGAGUUGCUAUUCAAUCUUGGGACCCUUUUUUCCAAGAGAGGCAGAGAAAAAGGGAGCCAGUGAUACAGUUGUUGGACUUGUUUUUGGAUGCUUUGCUGUAUCCUAUUUCUUGACUUCUUUAAUAUUAGGCAAUUAUCUUGUACAAAUUGGAGCCAAAUUCAUUUUUGUGGCGGGGAUGUUUGUCUCAGGAUGCAUUACAAUCCUGUUUGGUAUGUUGGACAAAGCACCUGAUGGACCAAUAUUCAUUGGUUUGUGUUUUCUGGUUAGAGCGAUGGAUGCCAUAGGCUUUGCUGCAGCAAUGACAGCAUCAUUUUCUAUUCUUGCAAAGGCUUUUCCCAAUAAUAUAGCUACAGUAAUGGGAAGUCUUGAAACAUUUACAGGGCUUGGACUGGUGCUGGGUCCACCAAUAGGUGGCUUUUUGUAUCAGUCCUUUGGCUAUGAAGUCCCAUUCAUAGUGCUUGGAUGUUUAGUGCUGCUGCUGGUGCCUCUGAACAUGUACCUCUUACCAAAAUACGAUGCAGUCACUAGCAAGGACUCAUUCUGGACACUCAUUACUCUACCAAAAGUUGUAUUUCUCUGUUUUACUAUAAUUUCAGUAAGUGCUUCUUUUGGCUUCCUGGAUCCCACUAUGUCACUGUUUAUUUUAGAGAAGUUCAAAUUACCAGCUGGUUAUGUGGGUUUAGUAUUUCUAGCAUUGGCUCUUUCCUACUCCCUGUCUUCACCGUUAUUUGGUCUUCUAAGUGAUUCAAUGCCACACCUCAGGAAAUGGUUUUUGGUCUUUGGAGGCUUACUGACAGCACUGUCCUUAUUUCUGUUAGGACCUGCUCCCAUCUUGCACAUUAAAAGCAAACUCUGGAUGUUUGUCCUACUGCUGGUUUUACAUGGUUUUUCCACUGGGAUGAUUUCUGUUUCACUGUUUCCGGAGAUACUCAGUUGUGCUUAUGAGAAUGGAUUCGAGCAGGGGUUAAGUGUGUUAGGACUGGUGUCUGGGCUCCGUGGUGCAAUGUGGUCAGUUGGAGCUUUUAUAGGACCAACAUUAGGUGGAUUCCUAUAUGAGAAGGUGGGGUUUGAAUGGGCUGCAGCCAUACAAGGAGGAUGGUCAUUAUUAAGUGCACUAGCUAUUGGAAUAUUCUAUAUCAGAGAGACCUUACAAAGAAAAAGAUCCAGCCUGCAGACUCCACCAGGCACAAAUGAAGAAAGAGCUCACCUUUUGGCCAAUGAGACAUAGUCAGAAAAAUGUAUAGAUCACUAUCCAUUUUUUGUAGUUAAGUUAGUGAUGAGAAGAGCUGACUUCACAUGCAUGCACGUGGUUGUACGAAAACAUACUGCUGCAUAAUUCGAAAGCUGAGGAGGAGAUCUUCCUAUAAUGCAUAAUGAAUUAUGGUUUAUUUGUGAUUGUAAUACAUUACAUCAUGUCUGUCCUGAAACUUGGAUAUUAAAUAUUGAAUGCUUUCUUUUGGAUGUUCUUGUUGUACAUUGGUUGAACUGUUAAAUAUCAUAUAUCUAACUGCUUAUCUGUGUUCAUUGUACAGUGCCCUGAAGAGCAAUUUUGCCCACUGUGAAAGAAUUUUAUUCAAGGAUGCUCUGCUUUUGUAUCUUCUGGGAACUGUCCUAUAUAGUCUGCCACUACCAUAUUUUUCUACAGGCAGUCCCCGG